CCUUCGACGCUGUUGACACGAAACGCGCGCGACUCGAUUUCUACUGUCAUUCUAGUUCCAUUUAGCAGGAGCAGAAAAGUCCUGAAUUCGAAGCUAAGGCCCCAGCAGGACAUCAGCUGUGCCAGCAAGCAAAAAAGUAAAAAAGGAUUCUAUCCACAGGAUUAUGGUUACUUGUGCAGUGUUCUAACUCAAAGCAGUUGUCUGACUGCAACUAACUAAUUGAAAAAUAAAAAAAGAUCAGUGGAUAAACUAAACCAAGCUAACAAGAUAUAAGCAGUGUAAACUUUAAGGAUAAAAAUAAACUUGGAAACGAUCGACCAUCACGUGAGUUCCCGAGGUUCCAGUGGUGUUUUGGCCCAGAUACUGAGUGUAAUUUACUUUUGGGGCAGCUACAAACAGACAAUAAUAAUUAGUUGUAUGGCACAACAACAACAAAAGCUGCAACAGCGAUAACAACAAAGGGCUGUGCAAUGAAAAUUAAUUAGAAAAUAUUUAACAUCACGCCGCCGCAAUUUGUCAAGGGGAAAGCGCACAAAAGUGCGGUCCCUCGCUCAAUUUCUAAUUAGAGAACUCUUGCACACCAUCAAAAAGCAAAAACAAAAAAAAAAAAAGUAUAUAUAAAACCUCGAAAAUAAACUGGAAAACUGGAAAUUAAACAAAGCGGGAAAGCGACUAUGCAAAGUAUGUUGGCGCUUAACCAAAUGAAAACUUAAAGCGAACAAAAACACACACAACAAAAAGUCAGUCCACAACUCCAGUAAAUUUAAUAACAAAGAGGAAAACUCCGGAACCUAGUAGCUCCACAUCAUACGCGCCGUGCGCGGAACAAUGAAAAUAAUUUCGCGUAGCAUACGUACAGGCGCCUUGGCCACGGCCCACGCCACCAACGCCCCCGGAAUUAGGAAAAGCAGCCAGCGACGCAACCGCGCUCCGCUCAAAAUGAAUUGCCCCAUUCUGAUUGUAAUUAGCCUCGGAUGGCUGCUGCACGCGCACGCCGGAAGCGGCGGGUUCGCCGUCGAGGCCGCCAUUUCAAAUCGAGGCAGCAACAGCCGCUCGAUGAGCAACGUUCAGCAGUCGGCGGUGGCCCCCUCCACACUGACCGCCGCCCUGCCGCGCUUCCUGUCUCGUGGACACACCUAUCGCGCCGUCGUCGGGGACACGCUCGUCCUGCCCUGCCAGGUGGAGAAUCUAGGCAAUUUCGUUCUUCUGUGGCGACGGGGAACAAAUGUGCUCACUGCCUCCAACAUUAUGGUUACAAGGGAUGAGCGCGUAAGACUGAUAGAUGGUUAUAAUUUAGAGAUAUCCGAUUUGGAGCCCCAAGAUGCCGGGGAUUAUGUUUGUCAAAUCAGUGACAAAAUAAAUCGUGAUCAAGUGCAUACAGUUGAGAUAUUGGUUCCACCCAGUGUACGAGCCAUACCGACAUCCGGACAAUUGCAGGCCCGCAAAGGAGGACCCAUUACGCUGGAGUGCAAGGGAUCUGGUAAUCCGGUGCCAUCCAUUUACUGGACCAAGAAGAGCGGCGCAAACAAGUCGUCGGCCAGGAUCGGUGAUGGACCCAUUUUGACCCUGGAGAAGCUGGAGCGCCAGCAGGCGGGAGUCUAUCAGUGCACUGCCGAUAAUGGAGUGGGUGAUCCGGUUACUGUUGAUAUGCGGUUGGAUGUGCUCUAUCCCCCGGAUAUACAAGUGGAGAAGUCCUGGAUACACUCGGGCGAAGGAUUCGAGGCGAAGCUCGUUUGCAUUGUUUACGCUGAUCCAGUCGCAACGGUGUCCUGGUACCAAAACUCAUUUCCGAUCCAAACUACCGACAGACGAACCAUGAACACCCGGGCCAAUCGGCACACGCUCAACAUCCGCCACAUCCAACAGGAGGACUUUGGCAACUACAGCUGCGUGGCGGACAAUUCGCUGGGACGAUCCCGCAAGUACAUGGAACUCUCUGGACGACCCGGACCCGCCGAGUUUUACUCACCCAAGUGGGGUAGUUCAACGGACAGCUACAAUCUGACCUGGAAAAUCGAUAGUUACCCGCCGUUGGAGGAGGUCCGCCUACUCUAUCGUCGAGUGCUGAUGAAUGAUACGUACCAGCAGCCGGGCAGGUGGCACGACUUCAUCCUUACCCCGGAACAUCGACCAGCCACGGAGCCCCUGACACACAUCAUGUCCUACACCAUUAAGAAUCUGCAUCCGGGCGCUUACUACGAGGCAAUUGUGCAGGCCAAGAAUCGCUAUGGCUGGAAUGAGGUCAGCGAUAUAUUUCAAUUUAUCGUCUCAAACAACAGAGAGCAGAUUGGCCCCGAAGAUGCCGAGGUGGUAGCCAGCUCCAAGUCGCGCAGCAAUAGUGCCCCGGCCGGCAACCUGCCAGGAUCAUUGACCCAGAGCCUAGUCCUUCACACGGUCUUGCUUUUGGCCCUGGCCUUGAGUAAUUGUCAGUUCGACAGACGCCGACUGGGCCUGGGAUAAGCGAUUCAUUCGGCAGGCAGAUCGGGAUCAGGAUCAAAACCAGCGAAAGCAGCACAAGUCGAGGGAAAUCGCUCACACUAAACGAAGGAAGUUGGCGGGAAAGGACAGAGGCAUAGGCUGUACAGAAAUCUAAAGGAAAUUCUUAAGAAUAUUUAAUGGAAUUUUAUGGUACACCGCUAAUUCUGUGUUUCCCUUCCGCCCAACCAAACAUCAAGUGAAUCUAUCCCAAACUAAGCCCCAAAAGAAAAGACAACCGGAAAGCUGAACGAUAAAUGAAACCCAUGUAAAUAAUUUUUCAAGAGUUUUGUCCACGAUUAAAUUAGCACACACAAACCAACACAGACAAACACAGCCACAUUUAAAACCGGAAAAUGGUUAAUGGAAAUUGCAAUUGGAGAAUGCAAAUCCACUAACCAAAUCCCACCCCCCAGUUCCAUCCCCAUGGUAGUAUAAGCAACUCGAUCUAGGUCAUGUAAAUAAGCAUUAGAUAUCUGAAUGUGAACUGCAUUUUACUUCAUAAAUGUCGGGCUGAAUGCUCGGCGUGCAGGAUGUGUAUGUAAAUUAAGCAAACAUUAUAUAGUGAUAUUAUUUAGUUUCAAGCGAAACCAUAAAUAACAAAAUAUUGAAGAUGAAAUAUAAAACAAAUGAACACACAUACAGAUGAGUAAAGCCACACCGCAAAAUGUUAGUAUGUAAAGUAUUUGCCACAUUUGUGUUUCGUUUUCGAAUUCGUUUCCACUGCCAUUCCUUCGAUUUGCAGCUGCCAUUUUAUUUUAGCCCAUAAGCGCACCCAUAACCGAAACGAUUAAAAACAAAACAAAAAGAAAAAACCAAUUAAAAAACGUAACAGCAAUUCAAUGUAAUGUUUUUCGAUGUAAAUUAGAAUGUAAGCAAACAUGUUGUACCACCAAAAACAAGCGAGUAAAAACUAAGCUAAUCCCCCAAUACCCAAUACCCAAUUCGGAAUAUUAGUCGGACUAUUUGAAUGUGAAUUUUUGCAUACAUAUUAGCGACACGUGAUUGCCACGAGAGUCAUCUUGUAAAUACAUGAAUACGAUACUUAUUGAGUGUUAUAAAAAACGAAAAAGAAAAAGAAAAAUAAUAAGAAAAAGAUAAAGAAAUGAACCCAGCAGGCAUUUUAUCAGCUUUUGCACCUUUCCAAUUGUACGAUCCGUACAUCUGUUUCAUUUAGGGCACACAAUAGAGGUCAAAGCUCACUUGUAUAUUUUAUAGGCCAAACUCGAACUCGUAUACAACAACAACAAAGAACAACAACAGAAACUCCUGUAUUUAGCACUGUCGAACGAAGCCAAAAACCGUGUUAGAAAACCCCUAAAAGGAAAAUGAAUUGAAAAACCAAGUAAAAGCGUUACAAUUUAUCUACAUAAAUGUGUAUGUGUGUGUACCUUACAUAGCCAGUUGGACGAAGGAGGCCGAAUGCCGAAUGCAGGACGAAUCGAAGGCAUUCAUUACAGAUUACACAGAUAGAUUGAUGGAUCGAUCUGAAUUCGAAUCCCAUCUGAACCUAAAUACAAGUACAGAUAAACCCAGAAAUAGAUAAGCACGUGGACAGUACGUGUCCAUUCAAAGUGAAUUCAUUAAUUACUAACUACAUAGUACGAUGCUAAUUGUAUGAUUAACGCGCAUAAGAAACCCUAAAAUAUUCAAGAAUAAAAUAAAGCAUUAGAUGUAAACUAAAA